GGGGGCGGCGCGUCCCCAGAGGCGUGCGCCGGGACCGCGGGCCGCAGGACAGACGCGCGGAGGGAGAGGGCCGGGGGCGAGAAAUCGCUGGCGCCGUGGGACCCGCUUCGCUCGGGGCUGCCGGACGCCACCCCGCUCCGCGCGUUCUGGGCAGGUGUGGGCAGGUGGCCGCUCCGCGACCUGCCGACAUGGAUGGAGACGACUUUUUGACGAAGCGACCCAAACAGCCGGUGCCAUUCCGGGGCGAUUUAGCUGUCAGAGGUUUUGACAAGACCUGCCCUGCUCCCUUUGGGGAAUCUGAAUGAGGAAGCUUACAGACACCUUCACUGGGAAGCCAAGGACAUUUCUGUAUAAUCAGUGGAUGAAAGGAUUUUCUCAGACUCUUUUUUCCCUUUUCCUGGAGGAUUAAUUCACUGCAAUCUACAAUUCCAGCGGAAACCGCAAGGCACGCGAUGUGGGAGAAGCCUAGAGGGCCUUCAGAAUUGUUCUGGACCCUUCCUUUAGCAUAGGGGGAGUUCAGCAGGAGCCACUGGCGGCCCAUCCCCCCCACCCCCAUCUUGCUGAUCUCUUCUCUUUAACCUCUUCUCAUUUUUUGAGUUCAGUUCUGUUUCCAAAACUAUCCUCGGGAGCUAUUAAGUGGAUUGCCAGAAAUGAGAGAUUAAGCGCCCAGAGAAGAGGGAACGUCCUGUGUUGUGUCUCCUCUCCGCUGCCGACAUGAAGUGCUUUUUCCCGGUGCUGAGUUGUCUGGCUGUGCUGGGUGUAGUGCGGGCACAGCGGCAUGUCGCCGUCCAGGAAGGACCCCUGUACCGCACGGAGGGCUCCCACAUCACCAUCUGGUGCAAUGUGAGCGGCUACCAGGGGCCUUCUGAGCAGAAUUUCCAGUGGUCCAUUUACCUGCCGUCCGCCCCGGAGCGUGAGGUCCAAAUCGUCAGCACCGUGGACUCAUCCUUCCCUUAUGCCAUCUACACCCAGCGUGUCCGUGGAGGCAAGAUCUACGUGGAGAGAGUCCAGGGGAACUCAGCCUUGUUGCACAUCACCGAUCUCCAGGCCCGGGAUGCUGGGGAGUAUGAGUGCCACACGCCCAACACGGAUGAGCGGUACUUUGGGAGUUACAGUGCCAAGAUGAACCUAGUGGUGAUCCCUGACACCCUGCAGACCACGGCCAUGCCCCAGACUCUGCACAAAGUGGAACAGGAUCCUCUGGAGCUCACUUGUGAGGUGGCCACGGAGACAUUCCAGCACAGCCACCUGUCUGUGGCCUGGCUCCGGCAGAGAGGGGGCGAGAAGCCCGUGGAGGUCAUUUCCCUGAGCCGAGAUUUCGUGCUUCACUCCAGCAGUGAAUAUGCCCAGAGGCAGAGUCUGGGGGAGGUCCGGCUGGACAAGCUGGGGAGCGCCACCUUCCGCCUCACCGUCUUCCACCUGCAGCCCUCUGACCAGGGCGAGUUCUACUGUGAGGCUGCCGAGUGGAUCCAGGACCCGGACGGCUCGUGGUAUGCCAUGACCCGAAAGCGCUCCGAGGGAACCGUGGUCAACGUCCAGCCCACUGACAAGGAGUUCACUGUUCGGCUGGAAACGGAGAAGCGACUGUACACGGUGGGGGAGCCGGUGGAAUUCAGAUGCAUCCUGGAGGCUCAGAACAUUCCUGACCGCUACUUUGCCGUCUCUUGGGCCUUCAACAGCUCGCUCAUUGCCAGCAUGGGGCCCAAUGCGGUGCCCGUCCUCAACAGUGAAUUCGCCCAUCGGGAAGCCAGGGGCCAGCUUAAAGUGGCCAAAGACAGUGACAGUGUCUUUGUGCUGAAAAUCUACCACCUCCGCCAGGAAGACAGCGGCAAAUACAACUGUCGAGUCACAGAGAGAGAGAAGACGGUCACCGGGGAAUUCAUCGACAAGGAGAGCAAGCGGCCCAAGAACAUCCCCAUCAUAGUCCUCCCCAUCACAGAUAACUGGGUAGUUAAAGUCCCUCAGCACCACCAGAUCCUGCCCCAAGGCCACUUGGAGAGCAGCAUCUCCGUGGAGGUGGCCAGCAAUGCCAGCGUCAUCCUUGAGGGUGAGAACCUGCACUUCUCCUGCAGCAUCCGCACAGCAGGCAGGCCGCAGGGCCGCUUCUCCGUCAUCUGGCAGCUCGUGGACCGGCAGAGCCGCCGUAGCAACAUCAUGUGGCUGGACCGGGAUGGCACCGUCCAGCCAGGUGCAGCCUACUGGGAGCGCAGCAGCUUUGGGGGCAUCCAGAUGGAGCAGGUGCAGCCCAACUCGUUCAGCCUGGGCAUCUUCAACAGCAGGAAGGAAGACGAGGGCCAGUAUGAAUGCCACGUGACCGAAUGGGUGCGGGCAGUGGACGGCGAGUGGCAGGUCAUCGGGGAGCGCCGGGCCAGCACCCCCAUCUCCAUCACAGCUCUCGAAAUGGGCUUUGCCGUCACAGCCAUCUCCCGCACGCCAGGUGUGACCUACAGUGACUCGUUUGACCUGCAGUGCAUCAUCAAACCCCAUUACCCGGCUCGGGUCCCUGUGUCCGUGACGUGGCGGUUCCAGCCAGUGGGCACUGUUGAGUUCCAUGACCUGGUGACUUUCACCCGGGAUGGAGGGGUCCAGUGGGGGGACAGGUCCUCCAGCUUCCGAACCCGCACGGCCAUCGAGAAGGCAGAGUCCAGCAACAAUGUGCGCCUGAGCAUCAGCCGAGCCAGUGACACGGAGGCGGGCAAGUACCAGUGUGUAGCCGAGCUGUGGCGGAGGAACUACAACAACACCUGGACGCGGCUGGCCGAGCGCACCUCCAACCUGCUGGAGAUCAGGGUGCUGCAGCCAGUGACAAAGCUGCAGGUGAGCAAAUCCAAGAGGACCCUCACCCUGGUGGAGAACAGGCCCAUCCAGCUGAACUGCUCCGUCAAGUCCCAGACCAGCCCGAACUCCCACUUUGCGGUGCUUUGGUACGUGCAUAAGCCCUCGGACGCCGACGGCAAGCUCAUCCUGAAGACCACCCACAGCUCCGCCUUCGAGUUUGGCACCUAUGCCGAGGACGAGGGCCUGCGGCCCAGGCUCCAGUUCGAGAGGCAUGUGUCCGGGGGCCUGUUCAGCCUCACCGUGCAGAGAGCCGAGGUCAGUGACAGCGGCAGCUACUACUGCCACGUGGAGGAGUGGCUGCUGAGCCCCAACUAUGCGUGGUACAAGCUGGCCGAGGAGGUUUCAGGGCGCACAGAAGUCACUGUGAAGCAGCCAGACAGCCGCCUGAAGCUCAGCCAGGCACAGGGGAAUCUGUCGGUCCUGGAGACACAGCAGGUGCAGCUGGAGUGCGUGGUGCUAAACCGUACCAGCACAGCCUCCCAGCUUGUGGUGGAGUGGUUUGUGUGGAAGCCCAACCACCCGGAGAGGGAGACCGUGGCCCUCCUGAGCCGCGAGGCCACCUUCCACUAUGGAGAGCAGGCGGCCAAGAACAACCUGAAGGGGCGGCUGCACUUGGAGAGUCCUUCGUCAGGCGUGUACCGGCUCUUCAUCCAGAACGUGGCGGUGCAGGACAGUGGCACCUACAGCUGCCGGGUGGAGGAGUGGCUGCCCAGCCCCAGCGGCGUGUGGUACAAGCGGGCAGAAGACACAGCUGGGCAGAUGGCUGUUACUGUCAUGCGGCCAGAUGCUGCCCUGCAGGUGGACACAGUGGUCCCCAAUGCCACAGUGUCCGAGAAAGCAGCUUUCCAGCUGGACUGUAGCAUUGUUUCUCGGUCAAGUCAGGACUCCCGCUUUGCUGUGGCCUGGUACUCUCUGAGGACUAGAGCUGGAGGAGAAAGGGACGGCCUGGGCCUGGGAGAGCAGGAGGAGGAAGGGGAUGAGGAAGAAGAGGAAGACCCAACGGAGCGGAUGGCCCUGCUGAGCGUGGGCCCGGAUGCAGUCUUUGGCCCAGAAGGCAGCCCCUGGGAGGGCAGGCUUCGCUUUCAGAGGCUCUCCCCCUUGCUCUACCGGCUCACAGUGCUGCAGGCGAGCCCCCGGGAUACAGGCAACUACUCCUGCCGUGUGGAGGAGUGGCUGCCCAGCCCUCAGAAGGAGUGGUACCGGCUGACGGAAGAGGAGUCGGCCCCCAUCGGCAUCCGAGUCCUGGACACAAGUUCUACCCUGCAGUCCAUCAUCUGCUCCAAUGACGCGCUUUUCUACUUCGUCUUCUUCUACCCUUUCCCCAUCUUCGGCAUCCUCGUCAUCACCAUCCUGCUGGUGCGCUUCAAGAGCCGGAACUCAAGCAAGAACUCGGAUGGGAAGAACGGGGUACCCCUGUUAUGGAUCAAGGAACCACACCUCAACUACUCUCCCACUUGCCUGGAGCCUCCUGUGCUCAGUAUCCACCCAGGAGCCAUAGACUAAGGGGACCCCAGUGUACCUCAGCCAUGGAGGAGCUGAGACUCUCCCUGCCUUUUGCUCUGUGAUCGCACAGCAGACGCGGCCCCCAAACUCUGGAGCGCCUUCCCUGCCGCUGAAAACUGUCAAGACUUGAGAAGGGUUCAAAGUCCCUGAUGGGUCACAGAGACAGACUGCCUCUAGGUGGCAGUCUUGGUUGCUUGGCCGUCUUGGAGCAGUUGUCCUUACCCUGCAGAGUUAGGCUUCUUGUUUUUGUUUCUGGUAAUGUAGCAAGUAGCUCCAAAUGCCACAUCUACUCUCCCAAUUUAUAUAGUAUUCUCUGGUAGAUGUUACAGGGAUUCUCAUUCUUUGUAAUGGACUCUUUUUAGAUCCCUUUGGUUUUACCCUUUUUGGAUCCGUAACGGUACGGAUGAACUUCUCUUAAUACACCACCAAUGGCAAAAGGAAGGAUGAACUUUCUGGAGCAAAGGAGUCUCUUCCAAGACUUACUGUUUUUGCACACUUGAAAACACUGCCUGUGGAUCAGAACCCACCCAAACGUUUUUUUUUUUGUUUUGUUUUGUUUUGUUUUGUUUUUUACUUUCUUAAUGAGACUUGAAAAUGAUGUGUCGUGCGGGCCCAAUUUGUAUCUUUUCCUUCAGCUGGAGUUGUUGGAACCACUUUGUAGUCAAGAUAAAAGUGUUGAAUUUUGCUUCAAAGAAUUGUGUAUGUACAGGAGAAAUCCUGCAUAACCCCAUUAGGAGUAGAUGGUGCCCGACUAGCUGGUCAGGGAGGAAAAAAAAUAGCUUCAUCCCAAGCUUGCCAAAACAACAACAACAACUUUGUUGGAUAAUAAGUCAAAAGCUCCAAACAGCUCACCGUUUGCCAGCUAAAGUGGGCAGAGGGCUGCUUUUAGCAGCUACUCACUUUCAUACUGAUCAAAGCCAAUGAUUUGUGAAGGAAGGGGGAAAAGGCUAGUUGUUGGCUUGAUCUGUUCUGUAGGAGCUUGAUCUGUGAGUGGGUGGGCUUCUAUUUUAAGGUGCUUUGCCAAACUUUUAAGGGAAAGUGGCCAGUGAGCCUGCAAAGGGGACAGUGCUGAGCUGAACCACCAAGGCCAAAGCAGCUACCCCAUAUACCGUAUGGGCAUGGGGUGGGCUGCCACCUAAGUUCCUGCAAGGGUCUGUGGUGGGACAGGUUGGUUCCCAGAGCCUGACCUUGGAGACCAGACGAGGAAUAACUGGUUUCAGAUUUUCCUCAAAGGUAACAAUUUCUAACUCACCAUUUCCCUCCCCCUGUGUCUUACUGCUAUGAGAAUUAUCUGCCCAGGAGAGGUCCAGGCACAGCCCGGUUGUAACCCAUUCCAAUGACCCAGUCUCAGUGCAGAAUCAUCCCAUGCCUGUGUGGGCUUUUGCCCUUUGCCUUCUUAGAUCUUGUUUAUGGUUUUAGGUGAUUUGAUUGUUCAUUGUUAUGGUGGCUUUUCAUUCGAAUGCCCGCUCAUUAAGCCCAACAAGGCCAGCGUCACCCUACUGCUUUACACUAUGGGGCAACAUGCUUGGCUCCCCCGGGGCACAGUGGUCGUGUGGGUUACAGGUGUUUCCUUGUGCUCGCUCCAUGGGAGAAGUGUUUACACCCAGGAGCUCCUAUAUUUUGCCUGGCUGAGAGCCCACCACCUCCUUUCCUCUUGAACUUGCAUCUUAAAUUCCAAGGGAAUUCCCAGUUUCAAAAAAUCCACCAGGGAUUCUGGAGCUAAGUCUAACCAGAGAGCUUAUUGUCUCUCCUGAGACUGAACGGACCCCAUGGGAAGCCAUGCAGGUGCUGAUCCGUUUGGGGGUAUGCUGUGCCACAGCUGAGGGAGAGCCAGGUGACCCACAGGCUUUUGUAGACCUGCCUCUUUUUCCUCCCCCUAUACCAGUAGUCUCCAGUGAGACUGUGUUGUAGGCACCACCACCUUCAUCUCCCCUGUUGCCUGAUAUGCUCAUUCCCAUUUAUUACGUAUGCUGCAUCAACGCUCUGGAGGUACAGAGUCCACUGGCUCAGCAGUGAGGGAAAAAGGCAGUCCUUUGCCCUAUUUCUUCAUUUACGACAUGUGGACGUUCUGUGGGAAAUUGGCCCUCAAUGUAUAGCCUGAGUCAACAAGGGAAGAUGGCUUACUUUGCUCUGCAUGAAAGGAAAGAUUCCAGAGGGGUGGCUGCAACUGGAGGUGUAACAACUUGAAUUGACUCUGCAUUGGCUCUCAGCUAUAGAAAAGUAGGUAAAUGCAUGGAAUUAGAUAGGCGAAGCAGUUGCAGGAGAUUGGAAAGGAAGAAACCGAAACCAGUAUUUUAAUAAUUGGGUUUUUUUUUUCUUCCCUAUGUAUUUUCUCUGGGGCUGAGGGAUGCGUAUCCAUCAAAGGGUGAUCUUUUCAGCUUUGUGUGAAAAUCACAGGACCUUCUCGGCCAUUUCAAUGGAAACUGGUGUCAGAUGAGUGGUAAUGGUGCCCUCCAGCUGCUGGGAGAUCUCAUUGCGCAUGGCCUCCCUGAACUCUAGGCCAUGGACCAGGAGAGGAAGAACACCAGCUGUUCUCUUGACCUAUCUGCAAGCUACAAUGUUGCAUUAAUGAAAAAACUACACUGUGCUAGGCCCAUUCCAGGACAUGGAUAUGACCACACCCUCGCUCAUCAGGGUGUCUCUAUAGCAGGUUUUCAUAUUCUUUUCAAACAAUGGUUUCUCUGCGUUUAUUGUUGAAAAAAAAAAAAAAAAAAAACAGGGUAAGAAAACUACCCAUGCAUGAUGUAGAGAGCUGUUGAUCUGUUUUUGUUUGUUUUUUUAAAAGGAAAACUAUUUGUAAAAUGUUGCACUAAAAUGUUUUAUAUACACUUCAGAGACCUGUAGUAAAUUAUGUUGAAAAUA